ACAGAAAAUACGUGGAAGUCGCCAGAACGAAGAAACGAAAAAUGAAAAGCGAAAGUGCUGUUGUGUGUGAAUGUUUUCUCGUCGUAGUUCGAGCUUAAAAUUAAAAAGGAAAAAUAAUAUCGAUCACUGAUAGAAAGAUAGGUAGGAUAGGUCGUUAAUAAUUAAUUAGGCGGCCACACAGCUCACAGCGGUGUGCAGCACAGGAAAAGAUGGCCCCGACGAGGAAACCGGACCAAGGCCUUCUGGCCCGGGUCAAUUUUCCCCUGUACACGAUCGGAAUGCUGACCAGUCGUCACGUCCUGGUGGGAGGCGGCGGCGGAGCCUCCAAAACCGGAGUGGCCAACGGAUUCGAAAUCUUCGAGAUCUAUCACGACGGUGAAAAGUACGUGGCCGAUGAAGUGAUCCGGCACGAAACGGGGCCUACGGUGGUCAUGAACUGCGCCACCAAGAACGACGAGAAGCGGACCCUGCUGGUGGCCGGCCAGGAAAGUCACUGCCAGAUGUAUUUAGUCAAUCCGAUUAUUAGUUCUCCGGAUGGGGAAUAUAUUGGAGGGAAAACGGAAACUUUGGAUGGGUUGCGGAAGCGGAAGAAUGUGUCCUACCAGCCACAGGCAAACGGACAGGUUAAGUCGGAAGGUCCGGCACAAGCGGAUGGGAAAAAGGGCGGUGAGGAGCGGGUCCGGAAGGUCAUCCGAUUCGAGAUUAAAACCAGUGAUUCGGUCCAGACGGACUUCACGGAAGCGGAACCUUUGCAGCGAGUUGUCCGGAUCAGUCCCCAUGGCCGGCUGAUGGCAACGGGAGGGACGGAUGGCCAUCUGCGGUUGUGGAAUUUCCCCAAGAUGACCAUGCUGUCGGAUAUUGCCGCUCACACGAAGGAAAUCGACGAUUUGGACUUCAGUCCGGACAGCAAGUACAUCGUCUCGAUAGCCAAGGACGGCCUAGGCGUCAUCUGGUCCAUCAAUCCCGACAAGGAGUCUCGAAAGCUCACGUGGAACCCACCGGAGGGAACCCGGUAUCUGUUCAAGCGGUGUCGAUAUGGGUUGGUCGAAGGUCACAAGGACAAGCAUCGGCUCUUCACGUUGGCCAAUCCGUUCGCCAAGUCAGGCAAAGCCAAAGGACUGCUCCAGCAGUGGGAUCCAGAAGUUGGCCGCCUCACUCGAGUCGUGGAAAUAGACGAAUCCUUGGCCGCGUUGGCAGUGCGGGAUGAUGGCCGCUUCGUCGCAGUCGGAACCAUGUUCAGUGGUUCGGUAUCGAUCUAUAUUGCAUUUAGUCUGCAGCGAGUUCUGCACAUUCCGAAUGCUCACGCGAUGUUUGUGACCGGGUUGGAGUUCCUGCCGGUGACCAACUUUGACGGGCCGGCCGUCAGUGCCAACACGGAAGCGGCCGUCCUGUCCAUCUCGGUGGAUAAUCGGAUCUGCGUGCACAGUUUGCAGUAUAGACAUUCACUUCCGGCUUGGGUGGCAAUAUUCGCAAUAGUGGCAAUCCUGUUCAUCACUUUCUGCUUCUGUACGUACAUCGGACUGUAGCUGCGUCCCAUGAGAGGCAACAGCAGCGAGAAACUCAGCCUAGGAACAAUGCGGAACCGUUUUUUUUUGUGGUUUAGAACGAAAGUGUCGUAGGUUUGUCAUAAUUAGUUUUGUACAGUAAGUUGUAGAGACGGAAACAGGAUGCAGUAAUCAGGUGAUAAAUUAAAUUACACUAUAUUAAGUUUCACCAAUGUGACUACAGUGGACAAAAAAUAACAGUAACUGCAAAUAUUAAUCAAAUAUAGCUCUUUUUUAAGGCGCGCGAGAUGUUAAUUUAUUGAAACGAUAUGUUUGUUACGAACCAAUAAAUGCGUAAACGCAAAGUUA